GGAAAGCCUCGCGUUGUUUACAAACAUCGCCGCCCGGCGAGCAGAUCAGAGCUCAUUUCGAGGCAGGAUGGCGAGAGUACCACAGGUCGCCGAGGGCUGCUGCUUCUGGCUGCCUUUUAUCUCCAUGAUGCUAGGUGGCUUCGGGGUGUCAGCCGAGCGUCUGGCCGUGCUCGAAGUUUUCCUGCAGUCGGAGCCCCGGCUCGGCUACAAGCUGCAAGGCGCGAUGAUGGAAGCGUCACCGGGGAGCCAGAGCGAAGAGAUCGCCGGCAACCUUCUGCUGGUUAAAGAGGACCCCUCUGUAAGUGCUGAAGAAGGAGAGCCUUGGAUUGGAGUAGUGCCCGUUGAGAUGGAACAGGCUGAGACUCAGACAAGUAAUCAGGAAUCUUUUGCAGCCUCUGUUGUCAGCAAGAUGAAGCGAGCUCUGGUUUUGGGAGCCUCUGCCCUCCUGAUUCUGGCUUUGAACCAGAACACCAUCAGAGAGAUGGACCUGUCCCAAGUGCUUUCCAAGCCCAUCAUUGUUAUCCAGACAUCGGAAAAUGUCACAAAGCUUAUUGGCGCCCUUUUACGAGGUCUCCGAGCAACUGCAAAGAUCACAUACAAAACCAUCCUGCAGGACAAUCUGGGGGCAACGCUGACUCUGUGGUCAAGCUGCGGCCGAUCCAGAGGAGGGCAAUACGGAGAGUGGCAGGGGGUAAUCUGCACAGGAGAGACGAAUUCACAAGUGCAGAAAUGUCUCCAGCAGCUCUGGAACACCGUCUUGUGGGCCCUGCUUAUCCUGUGCACUGGCGUCAUCAUCCAGGCCCACUGGCAGUAUCGGCUUGAGCAGCUCGGCGAGCACUCCGAGCUGUACCCCAAACAAGAUGUCAUCAACUGCCUGGCAGCACUGAAGAUCAAAAAAUAUCACCGACCAAAAAAGAAGUGUGAAAAGGCACUGAGGGGAGAGGCCGAGAACUGUGCCGUGUGUCUGGAGCAGUUCAAUAAUAACCAGCGUCUUCGUGUCCUGCCCUGUUUGCACGAGUUUCACCAAGACUGCGUGGAUCCCUGGCUUCUCCUGCGCCAGACCUGCCCGCUUUGCAAACGCAGCAUCCUGGGCAACUUCACCACUUCAACGGCCCUCCCAGCCAGCUGAGGUGCAGAAAUGGGAGUCUCUCCAGGGCCUGAGUGGCCUUAUUUUAAAACUGAUAGCUAGAAUUUGACAAUUGAGAACACACUUUAUUUAUGGAAAACAAAAAAAACGAGGUUUGGAAUAUUCAUUGUGUCUGUGGACAAAGGAACAAAAAAAAAAAAAA